AUGGCAGUUGGGUUUUGGUCCGAUACUACAGCACCGAUCACCCCGAACACCCCGAACACCAAAAUCACAGAGGUGGUGCACGCCGAUGAGAUGGAGGUGGAUGGCGAUAGUGACGAGACCGUGAUCAGGAACACAGAAGGCUAUCGGGUUUGCCCUGACCAGGCCGCGCGCGAUGCACUGGCUUCGAGUUCACGGCGCCGACGCCUGUUGCUAUCCACAGACAGCGCUUUCGCCGACACAGUUCUCCCCUCGCUUGUGCAGAAUCCGCUCAUCGAGCUGCGCUUGAUCACCGACGAACCCUCGGCGCUACUCGCAGGUACGAAUAGGAUUCCGCAUUACACGGAUACGGUGGACAGCGCGACCUUCGAUAAGAAGACUAGCGCACGGAAAUGGCUGAAAGCAAAGACGGCAGAGCUCUGUGAGUGGGCUGAUAUGCUGCUGGUCGCUCCCAUCGAGGCUGGCACAUUGGGGUCCAUGCUGGCGGGAUUAACGAACAGCUUGACGUUGGCCCUCUUGCGGGGUUGGGUGUCUACAAAGCCCGUGAUCCUAAUUCCAGGAAUGACUGUGUCGGAGUGGGAUCACCCGUUGAGCGCGCGACAACUCGAAGAGAUCAAUCGCUAUUGGCGGUGGAUUCGGAUCGUGCAGCCGGUGCUCUGGAAGUCCAACGGUCCCGAGGACCUCACGCCACUACCAUGGGAUGGACUGAAGGAGUUGCAUAAGAGCUUGGAGAAAGGCUUGAGCUUGCCUCCGUGGGAGCGACCCUCUUCUCAGAGCUCUGCUAUUGCGAACAAUCCUUCGUCCUCAAAAUCGAGUCGUUCCUCAGCAAAGCCAUCUGGAAGUGACACCGCCACAGCACUUCGCCAGCUACAGACGCACUGGCCAACCCCCGAAACGAAAGUCCGAUCGCUCCCUUUAGAGAUCUGGCUCGACAUUUUCGAGGACCAACUGGGUGACUGGGAGAUUGCGAAGGCUGUGGGCAUUCCAACUAACCUGCCAGUUCCUCAAGAAUGGCAGAGCCACCUUCUGAAGAUGUCCACACCGGCCUCACUAGAGUAUACUAUUCUCCGGGGCUCCUUCGCCGCAAUGAAGAAACGGAUCGACGGGUUACCUCGGUGGAAACCACUGUCAGACCUUGCCUGUCACCUCAUUGUGAAAUUCUCUCGUAUCGACAUCCUCUCCUACCUCACCGAAAAUCACCUCGAUCUCCUCUGGACUACCUCUCGCCUUACCAAUAUCCCAUAUCGCGCCUCUGCAAUUUACGGCAACCCCACCGUUCUGACCUGGUGGCGUGAUGCGCCUGCUCUACCUAACAAAGAGUACGCGGCCGAUGCCAUGGACGGCGCCUCUCGCGCUGGCUUCAUCCACGUUCUGAACUGGUGGCUGCACUCGGGUCUUCCGCUUCGGUACAGCGAGCGAGCACUUGAGUCCGCUAGUGCUGAAGGCCGGGUGGCCGUCCUAGACUGGUGGAAGACCGCAUCAGCCAACGCACCCAUCCACAAGCCACUGCCUCUCAAAGUCGGCAAAUCCGUCCUGCUGGCUGCGCAGUCUGGCCGCGCCGCCUCCCUGGCUUGGUGGGAUGCAUCUGGCAUCCCCUACAGCCACGCUGAGAAUGUCGCCCGGAUUGCCAGCACGCACGGCCAUGUGCACGUCCUCGACUUCUGGCACCGGCUCAAGGGGCCGAAGAUGAUCUUUGAUAACCAGGUUCUGGUUGGGCCAACGAAGAACGGACACGUCCAUGUAUUGCAAUGGUGGAAAGACUGCGGCUUGCGAGUCGAAUUCAAAACCUGCGACAUCGAGGAAGCUCUCGAGGACGCAGUCUCCGGAGCGGACAGUCGUGUCCGUCCCUGGUGGGAGCGCAACGGUCUGAAUCUCGGCGUCGGUACACGCGAGUGGAUGAAGCUGAAGGUGCUUUAA